UUCUCGUCGGUGGUCCAUCACCUCCAGAAUGUUACAAGCAAGGCUCUAACUUUUCGCUUUGAUUGUUAAAUGUACCAACACGUAAUUCCAGCGUAGAUGUUCACAGUAUUUACGUUUCUCACGUAUAAACCCACUGGAAACUCCAUACUUCUUGUUUGUACAAUUCUUGCUCUGACAUUUGCGCGGUCGCUAAAUGCGACAGUGUGCUACGCUAAGGUAGCAUGCUAAGCUAAAACAGCUAACUCCGGUUGGUGUUUUUUAAGCGCUAACUCGAGCUGCUAAAGUUAUGGCUGCGGGAGUCUCCGGCGCUUCUCUGGAGUCCACUUUAGACAGAAAGUUUCAAAAUGUGACAAAUACUAUGGACUCGAUUCAAGGACUUUCAUCAUGGUGCAUUGAAAACAAGAAAUGUCACAGCCUGGUUGUUCGACAUUGGAUGAAGUGGUUGAGGAAAUCUGAUGCUCCCCACAGGCUCAACUUGCUUUACCUUGCCAAUGACAUCAUUCAGAACUGUAAAAGAAAAAAUGCUAUGGUGUACCGUACUGCCUUUGCUGAGGUGUUGCCAGAUGCCUUCCUGCUGGUCAACUAUGACGGUGACUCAAAGGUGAUGAAAUCCGUAGAAAGGAUACUGUCUAUUUGGGAGGACAGGAGUGUUUAUUCGGGAACACUCAUUGCUGAACUUAGGAAUAGUUUGGUCAAGGAAGAUUCUCCUCCAGAGACUCCCAUCGAGCAAAAAACUCCUGUUGAGUCCACAGCAGAACUCCACUCCAAGGUUGUUGCAGAAUUUGUGCCACAGGCACUAAUUGACCAACUGUCGAAGUACAAGAAGUCUCUGGAGGAGGUGGACCUGACAGAAAAACAACUCACAGCCAUGAGGGUUGAUAUCUUUAGUUCUAAUGCCCUAAAGAAACUCAAAGAUAAGGCCGGAGGAAAAAAGUUUUCCAAAGACUUUGAGGAAGGAAGUGCACAGCUGCAGGAGUUUGUUAAAUUUCUCGAGAGGCAAAGCAAAGGAGGGCCGCUGCUCCUAGAAGCUCUCACCAAUGCAGAUAUCUUCUAUGAGUUGCAGUAUAAGGAGGUCAAGAUUGUGGCGAAUGCCUAUCAGGCAUUUGCCAACCGAGUUUCCCACCUGAAGCGUAAAUUGGACAACCUGAAGGCCACCUUACCGGACCUGGACGAGUCGCCCAUUCCUUCACCCUCUGCAGAUGCACCGUCUCCCACAGGUUCGGAGUCUCCUUUCCAUGGUUUGGAAUUGUCCAAAGCUGAGCCAGAUGCUGAUGGUUCUGCUGUGGAUGAUGACACUGAGGCACCAGCACCAAGUCCUCUGUCGUCCCCUGGAGGUUCACCCAAAUGCCAGGAGGAUCACCCGGCCAUUAAUGUUGGGGAGAAUGAUAACCGUGAAGUGGAGGACAUGGAUCUCUCAGAGGAUGAAAUGGAUAACACUGGCAUCAUAGUUGAGGACCACAUGGCCAACCUUGCCCAUGUGGAAGAUUCUAUUCAUGUGUCCAGAAACGCUGACCCGUCACUGUCAACAAAGCAGCCAGAUACACGAAGCACAGCCUCUGAAGCAGCUCCGGUCAUAGCUCCCUCUAUAACAACUCCUGUCACAACUCCCGCCACAGCAUCCACUGUAGCCACUACCAUCACAGCUUCUAUCACAGCAGUUCCUGUUGCAGCUCCUGUUGCUCCUAUCAGACCUGAUUCUGUUGUUGCAGCUCCAACUGCAGCUGCUCCUGUCAAAGCUGCUCCUUUUGCAGCUGCUGCUGCUGCUCCUGUCACUGUAGCUCCUUUAGCGGGUCUCAUCACAGCUGCUCCUUUUGCAGCUCCCACCGCAGUUGCUCCUGCCACAACAGUUCCUCCAGCUGCAGCAGCUUCUGUAUCUGCUCCUGUUGUAACAGCUCCAAGUCCUGCAGCUCAUGUUGCUCCUGUCAGAGGUCACACUACAAAAGCUCCUUUCCCAGCUCACGGUGCUCCUACUCAUUUUGGGGCUCAUGGUGCACCUCCUCAUUUUGCAGCUCAAGCUACACCAGCUCCUUUUGAGGCUCAUGGUGCACCUGCUCAUUUUACAGCUCAUGCUGUGACAGCUCCUUUUGAAGCUCAUGGUGCACCUGCUCAUUUUGCAGCUCACACUGCACCAGCUCCUGUUGUGGCUCAGGUUGCACCAGGUCCUCUCUUGGCUCAUGCCACAUCAGCUCCGUUAGUGGAUCACAGCGCACCAGCUCCUGUCACAUCUCACAUCACACCAGCUACUGUUGCAGUUCCCUCAAGUGGUCUGGCUGGUGUCGACUUCAAUAAGAUUGGCUCUAUCCUCAACAGUUUAAGCUCAGUCAUCAAGAACACAGUGCCAGUAAUGGAAAGUCCUCCUUUGCCCCCUGCUGACCUUUCUACGAAGACCACACCUGCUAUGGCCUCUGCGGCUUUGACAAAUGCCAGUUCUCUAAGCAACCUUCUUUCCAAGGUGGACAUGACACCUGGAGACCUCCUCAGUGCUCUGUCCAAAGUCCAGGGUCAAAGUAGACGUCAGGGCGCCACACCACUUCUGGGCAGCCCAGCUGCAAAUGUUUCCACAGACUACUUCAGUAAAGGCAAGAAUCCUCCCGUUCCCACAUCUACACCUGCAUCAGCCACUCCUACAAUGGUCCCAUCUCUGUCACCUGUUGCACCUGCCCCAUUUUCAAGUAACUCAACUGCAGGUCAGAGUAGUACCUCACAAGCUCCCCUUCAGACAUCCACUGCUGCCUCUGCACUUGUUCAGGCUCUGCACAGAGACAUGGAACUGGCAACAGAGCUGGAGCCCUCUGACAGUUUAGAGUCUAAAAUCCACAGCUUUCUCCAGGAGAAUCCUGCUUUCAAUGCCUUUGACCUAGGUUUCUCUGCGAACAUAGGCCAGGGAAGUGAAAACCUCAGUCCAGUAACUGGAACAGACACCCAGGAUGGAACUCCAGUUCGAGACGAAGGUGGAGGCACCCCUACUCAAGAUGAGGUUAUGGACAAACCAGUAGGGGUCUCAUUUGUUUCCAACAAAAAUCAGUCAACCAUUGCUUACGAGAACAACCAGCAGAUAUCCACCAACACCCACCAACAAGCCCACUUACAGCCACAGAUGUAUCAGAAUGGGCAGGUCUGCCAGCCACACCCACAUGGAGAUAUGUUAGAGCAUAGGAUUGCAAAACCAGUGCUACAUUACCAACAAACAGCACCAGUGCAAGGAUCUGAGCCAGCAGAAAGCACCCGAGAUAUUUCCAGCAGCAAAAAUCCUGUUGAGGGCUUUCAGGGAAUGAGUCAAAGUGGUUGGUAUGGACCCACUUGUCCAGAUGGGGCCUCUCAACCCAGCAGCUACAAUGCAGCUAUGCUUAGAGAGAUUGGAGAAUGCAAGAUGAUGGAACAAUUUCCAUACCAGUCAGAACAAACUGAGAGAUCCCAAGAGCAGUCACCCCACAUUGGUAGCAACCCGUCUUCUAAUUUCUUCAGAAACACCCUUCCUCCUGUACCGAAAUUGCCUCCCCCUCCGGUUGGUUUCAGUGCCCCCUCGGUUGUGACCAGCAGUGCAACACUUCCCCCAAAUCAGCAGCCAGUGCCCACUUCAGACAGGAAGGGAGUUGGUGGAGCUGCAGGUGACAGCCAAAUUGGUGGGAUGAUGAUCCAGGACCAUCAGCACAAGCCUGGCUUUCCUCCAGAAGGGUCUGUGUAUAAUCAUGAUCGCCCCGAAAAUUUACAUCCACAGUUAGAUGAGUUGCAUUACCGUGAAGAGCGCCACCACCAAGAUGACCCUCAGUUUCAAGGUGAUCCUUACCAACCAUCAGAUGGUCCAUAUUAUGGGAUAGCCAGCCCUCCUCAGCGUUUCCCCAGAGGUCGAGGGGGACUUACUUCCCCACCUUUACCUUCAGAGGAUUCCUACUAUGCUUACGAACAGCGUAAUCCCUCUUCGCCACACUACAUUCCUCGGAGGCCACCACCCCGCCUUGAAAUGCGACAUCCUGUGUCACGGCCUCCCCAACGUCCUCCACAACGUCUUCCGCACCCAGGACACCCACCACACCCCCGGGGAUCUCCACGGGCCCCGCCAUUUCCUCGGUUCUGUGGUCCAGGUCCAGAUCCAUGGUUACGAGGCAAACGCCCACCUCCAAGAGGAAGAGGAAAUGCUGGUCCGGUUUUCCCCCCAAAAAGACCAUACCUGCCACCAAGGUACUAAUUUCACAUCUUAAGGCUGAGCUCUUCAAAUCUUUUUCGAUGUCAUGAAGGUAGGGGGGUGACUUUUCAGACAUGCUAGACAAUAUUAAGGCCAACACCUUGCCAAGAGAAUCUUCAGUAAGUCCGAAAUGGAAAGUGUAAGUUAAUUAAAGUGUGGUGGGCAUCAGAAGAUGACUGACUGGAAGACGAGCAGCUUUAGCCAGGAGAGGACAUCAAGAGCCAACAGCAAGAGGAAAAGGAAGCAGAGGCUUUCCAAAGACUUCUGAGCUGGAGAGAGAAGACUGAAGAGGAAAGAAAAUAAGAGGUGGAUAUAUAUAUAUAUAUAAUUCACUUUUUGUUUGCUUUACUAUAAAAUAGCAUUGCAUAAUGUCAUUGGGGUUUGAUAGCUCAGAGUCUACAUGGUGUGCUUGUGUGCAUGUGGUCAAAUGUAAAUCAACAAGCGUUCCUCGAUUUUCCAACUUUGAAAGUUAUUUUUGCUAAGUAUAAGAAAUUAAUGUAGUUGGUUGAAUAAUUUUGCUGUUGCUUAGUUUCUCCAUGAGCAGUUGUUACUGCUUCUCUUCGUUUUCAGCGGUAUCCCAGUUUGUUUUGAUAAAACAUCCGUUUAACAGUCCAGCACACACAACUGCAUAUAUGAGGGAAAAGAUUCUUUAUUUUCCUGACUUUGAAUGUUCUAUUUGUGAAGCGAGGCUUUCUCUGUUAAUGUGCAAGUUCCCUUUGGCGAUUGUUUCACAUCUCAUUGAAUUCUGACGGAGAGUGGCUCGAGUCUGGCUGGAGUGAGAGAACGGUGUGAGAAAAUUAUUUUUUUCCAGUCUCCAACCAUCAGUGCAGAAGAAGUUUCCGGCGGGAUGAAGAUACUCGUCUUUACUUACAUUUUAUUUGUACUGACUAAUAAAAUCUUAAGUUUAAUAAA